AUGAAGGGCAAUAAACUCUCAGUCUUCAUAGAGGCUAAUCGCUUCCCUCCAGCUGUCAACGAGCAUCGCUACUCUGUCCUUAGAGCUGAGACUGAUGCUGAUGCUGAGCGAAUGUUGAUCAUGGCCAACAACAACAAUCUCUCCAGAGCUUCCAACUUGUAUGAAGAUCCUGACUUGAACAGAAUCUCUGGUGACCACAUCUAUGAGCUUGGAGCUAACACAACAUGUACUGGUCACCAGUCACCUGCACCUUCUCAAUCAGUUGAACUGCCCGUUCUGCCUAGAACAAGCCUCAUGUCUGUCUUCAACCCCUUUGAUGAGCCGACCNCCUUUCCACCGAGCCCUGUUCCAGAUCAGCUCAAGCCUGCUGCUGACACUGGUUCCUUUCCCUCGACUACUUCUUCGUUUUCUGAGCCUCCAACCAACUAUCUACCUUUCAUCGCCCCUACAGCACCAUUUGAUCCCUACAAAGAGAAGUAUGAACCUCACCCUGCUGGAUCUUAUGGUGCUCAGAAAUUCAAAAACAGACAGACGAUGAGUUCUGCACCCUUUGGCUUUGAGAGACCCGUCACACCCAGCUUCUCCGAUGUAAACUCAUCAAACUUCACACACUUCUCUGAUGCAAGUUCGUCAAAUGCUUCUGAUGUUGUUGCUGGUGCUCAGCACUCUCCUUCUCAACGUCACACCUCCUACUCACCUCCCAGAACGCCCCUGUUUAGGCCAUUCAAGAUCCCCCGUAAACCACUGCCUCCUGGAGCAAAGCCGUUCCCACCCAUCUCUUACACGUCUCCUGGCUCACCACUUCGUCAUCACUCACCCCAAGACAACAGCACUCGCCCCAAGAUCCUGAGCCCUGUUCCUCAACACCCUGGUCGCGCACUGCUGAACACCGCUCCCAUUCGUUCGUUUUCCAAUAACCAGAGUGUUGAAAGUAAGCCAUGUCCCAACAUCCACAAGCCUCUUCCUCCUUCAUCCGCUCCUGCUCCUGCAGCAAACAUGUCUCAUCGCCAACGUCAACGUCCUGUGCCGUUAGAUCAUCGUGCUGGCUGGGCGCAGGAGGAGCGUGGAAGAGCUUCAAAGCCUUCUCAUCGUGGUUUACGACUGAGCAACUCACGUAGUCCAGAGUUUGUACCCAGACCUGUUACUGCUGCUGACCGUGUGCAUAGCGACUUGAGAGACAAGAUUUUGGACAAGUGGCACAAGUUCAAGCGUGUCUGA